AUGGGAGUUUAUAAUUUAUGGAAGUUAUUGGCGGCAGCAGGAAGAAAUAUAGACAUAGCAUCUUUGAGGGGACUAAGAGUAGCUAUUGAUGUCAGCAUAUGGAUGAUUAAGUUAUUGCAUGGAAUGUCGAAUUCAGGAGUCAAUUUUGAGAAUGUGCAUUUGAUUGGUAUAUUAAAAAGAAUUAUGUUUCUUUUGGAAAAUGGCAUUAAACCAGUAUUUGUAUUUGAUGGACCUGCUCCGGAAUUGAAGAGACAAACCUUAAUAAAGAGAGCUCAGUAAAGAUAACAAUACAAUAUCAAUUUAUAAAAAUUAGCAGAGAAGUAUGUUGUAAAAUUAAUAGAGAAGGGAUAUGAUAUAACAUAGUAAAAUCAAGAGUUGAUUGAGGAGAUAGUAUUUGAAGAUGAUUCUGAUUCUCAAUUACCACCAGAAGAACAAGAAAUUAUAGAUUAACAAAAUCAUGAGAUACUCAAUUUGCAAUUUGCUUAUUUGAAAGGAACUACUUAAGGAUUCCAUGAUCUGGAUUUGUAAACUAAAGAAGAAAUCAUAGAGUAGUUAAUCGAGGAGAGACAAGGGUAAUAUGCAGAGGAUCAAAGCAUUUCACUCAAGCGAUUUUUAAUGAAUGCAGAUUAAAAGGAGAAGAUUAAAUAAAUCAGAAUUGAAGCUGUAAAGUAAAUAGAAACACUUAGGAUUGAAAAGAUCUUAGAAUAAUACAAUGAUAAAGAAAGCGAAUUAUUGAGAGAGUAUUUGAACAAGAAUGAGGAUCUAAUCAUUAAAAUGGGAUAAUUUGGAGUGAAUAACGUGUAUGUUUAUUUGCAAGAUUAAGAAAAAAGAUAAGAAUUAGUUAAAUUGUUAUAUGGAUAAUAAAAGAAACCAAAAAGAAAACUAAAAGAUUACGAAAUUGAAAAUGAACAUUUGAAGAAUAUUAGAGAAGCAUUAAAAAGGAGAUAUAGAGAGAGGCUUAAUGAAGAAGUAGUACCAGAGAAUCCAAAUUAAGUAGAACACUAGGAAGUCGAAGAUUUGAUGGAUAAAUAUGAUUGUUUUGACUUAGAUUUAAUUGAAUAGAAAAUGGAUGAAGAGUAUAGACAAUUACAAUAAAUGAAGGAAGAUUCUAGUUCCUAAUAAAUUUAAUAGUAAUGUUCAUUUGAUAACUAAGAAAAUAUGUAGAAAGUAGAUUAAAGUUAAUAAGAAUCAAACAAAAACUAACAAGAUAAUAAUUUACCAUAAGUGAGCGAGAAAGAUGAUUCCCAUACAAGUGAUAGUGAUAGUGAAUCUGAAAGUGAUAAUGCAUUUGUGUAACAAAUCCAGUAGAAAUAGUUCUAAAAUUCAUCUUAUCAUAAUAGUAAUUCAAAACUUAAUCAGGAAUCAAUCAAUUCAAAUAAUUUACCUAAAUAGUAUUCAUUAAAAGAAGAUCUUAAUAAUACUAAUAAUUUUCUAUCCUAAGACCUUCAGUAGUAAUUCUUAGAUCUUAACCCUAAGUAAUAACAAGAGAUCCAAUAGACAAAACCAACUGUUUAAUAAAAUAAUAUUCAAAACUCUAAUUAGAUAAUAACUGAUGAAUAAAUAGAUUAAUUAUUUACUUAAGCUGACAAUAAUGGCGAAGAAUUGGAUGCCUAUGAAAUGAUAGACAACAUUCGAAGAAACCAAAAUCUCUAAUCUCUUGAUUCAGUAACUAUGCAAUAAAAAUUUGAAGAUAUCAGAUAACUUUUAGCAUUAUUUGGAAUCCCAUGGAUUAUAGCUCCUGGUGAAGCUGAAGCUUAAUGUGCAUAUCUCUAAUAGAAUGGUUUAGUAGACUGUGUGAUUACAGAAGAUUCCGACGUUUUUCUGUUUGGAGCCACUAAGGUCCUUAAAGGUUUUUUUGAAUCAAAAACUUCUCUGGUUUAUUAUGAUACUUAAUAUAUAAAAGAAGAUUUGGGAUUGAAUAGAGAUUAAUUGAUUUAUUUGGCUCUCUUUUUGGGAAGUGAUUAUACCUUAGGAAUCAAAGGAGUGGGUAUUGUUAAUGCUAUGGAAAUUGUUGAAGUGUUUGACAAUGUGGAGGCAUUGAAAAGAUUCACAUCUUGGGCAUCUAAAGCUGAUGUGUUAUUAGAGAAUGCUUCAUCUCAUUAUGAAAAUAUACCUGAAAAAGAAAGGAUUUACAAGGAAUUUCAUAAAAAUUAUAAAAAAUAUUGGGAAUUACCAUCAGAUUUUCCUAACAUCGAAGUGAUUAAUGGAUAUAUGAAACCAAGGGUAGAUGAAUCAUUGGAAUAAUUUACUUGGGGGUAACCAGCUGUAGAAAAGAUUAUUGAAUUUUGUUCAUAAUAGUUAAGAUAUUCUUAAGAGAGAGUAGAAGAAACCAUAAAGAUUCCUUUUCAGAAGAUCAUUCAAAAGGAGGAUUAGAAAAAGAUAACAGACUUCUUUAGAGUAACAAGCAAAAUUGCUAUUAUUAAUAGCAGAAGAAUAAAUUAGGUUGUACUUAAUUUAAACAAGCCUGAUUAAUCAAGAUAAAAUGUUUAAUAAAAGAAAAAGAGAAAAUUGUUGGAUGAAGUUAAAAGACAACCUGAUAAGAGAAGAGAUAACUCAUUUGAUUCUUCGAAUAUAAAUCUAGAUUAAUUCAAAUUCAAAAAAUCGCUAAAAAAAUAAUGA